AUGGAUCUCUCAGUUUUGAAGCAAAUUAGUCAAAUUCAGGUACAAAUUAUUCGAUAUGAAGAACCAAUUAUUCUUGUUCUUGGUAAUUUUGGCAAUGUAGCCAAUAUUCUGAUAUUUGGACGACGUGACCUACGAAAAAAUGUUUGUUCGUGGUAUUUUAUUUGUCUCUCUCUCACUCAUCUUAUUCUGCUUGAUUUAGUUUGUCUUUCUCGUAUAAUUAUUACUUCAACUGGUAACAAUGUUUUUCAAUAUAUUUCUAGUCUUUGCAAGUUUCGUGCAUAUGGCUUUGAAUUGAGUUUUAAUCUUGCUCGAUAUUUUCUUUGUUUGGUUUCAAUUGAUCGAUGGAUGAUCACUUCAUCUAGUGCUAGACUUCGUCAGCAGAGCUCAAUUCGCCUCUCUCAAUGGUUGAUUAUCACUGGUGUAAUCUUCUGGGCAAUAUUUAGUCUGCAUGCACCUAUUGGUUAUCAACCUACUGCACUUGAUUGUACAGCACCAUUGGGUUCUAAUUAUGCAUUUUUUGUCUCAAUUGAAAGCAUUGUUAUUUCGUUGGGAACAAUGGUUGUUAUCAGUGUAUUUAGUGUUUUGACUGUGUUUAACCUACAUUCCCGCGUUAAUCGCCAGAUUCAUCCAGUAGCAACAAAUAUUUCGAUUCAUAUUGAAACACAGCAAACGAUCAUGCCAAAUGCACAGACCGCACAGCAACUGUUCAAACGAAAUAUGCAAUUACAUUCAUCUUGUUUACAGUGGCCUCGAAAGCAUUCCGAAAAGAGUGUGUCAUGA